GGCAACAAUUGAAGUAGUAGAUGAUAUUAGCGAUGAUGAUUGCAUUAGUGAAAAUUUACUUAAUGACAAUAUUUUAGAUAGUCAAAAAGUUAAUCUUCCUCUAGAUGUAGCGAUUAAAAAUUUAAAUGAUUCAUCAGAUAUUGGUGAAGAAUUUUUAAAAGAG